UUAUGUUUGUCGCGUUUUAUGAAAGUGGUGUUUUUAACUUUUUCCAAAGCAUUACGUAUUUAUUCGCACUAUUUGAAAAAAAAAAAAAUCUUAUAGAUUUGCAGAUACUUUACAUGCGAGGCUAUAAUUCUGCAAAUCUUUUCUUUAUACAGGUUAUUUGAAAUUUUCUAGCUGCGUCGUUAAUGUGUUCGUCGUAAUUUUAAUGUAUUUCCUUUGUUAAUAUGUUCGUGAACAUCUUGAAUUGAUGAAUCCUGGUAGUACCGCAGAUGAAAAUAAUCAAAAUAUAGCCCUUUUAUCCUUCUCUAAAGAACAUAAUGUAAACAUUUUAUGCAAUGGGAAUAAAGAUUCUCGAGAUUUUUUUUUCAAAGACAGUUAUAUAACUGAACUAACAGAUUCAUCCAAAACUGAUUUGAUAGAACUUCAAUCUAGUAGAAAAAUGAACCUAGCAGGAUCAGCUGAAACCUCUCUUUGUACUACCAAUAUUGGAGAAAGUUUAUCACAAACACACAGUGAGCUUUUGUCUUCUCAUGUGACCGAGAAGAACAAAUAUAAUGAAAAGAUACCAACAAAGAAUGAAUCUCAGCAAAUGAAGGAAUCUGAAAAAAAUCUAUCAACUGAAAUGAAAUCUUAUUAUGUAAAAUAUAAUACUGUUACCCAAUACUCCCAAACAGAAGAAAAAGAUGAAUUAAUUAGGAAGAUGGCAAAUCAUAUCAAACACAUUUGGAAUAUCAUUUUUCAAUUUGGUGAUAAACUUAAUAAGGCUGAACUAUUAACUGAAAAAGAAAAAUUGGAGGUCCAAAAAGAAUAUGAAAGCAGAUGUUUGCUUCUUAAAAUCACUCAGGAUGAAGAUGAGAAGAAGCAUGAACAGUCUUUAAGUCAAUUACUUGCAUUAUCAUCUGAACGUCCGAGUGAAUUUUCUUUGUGCCCAGAUAAAUGUAACUCUGGUCAUAAAGAUUCAAAUAUUUAUUCAUCUAAUUACCAUUUGCCAUCAGUUUCAGUACAUGAUAGUAUGACAAGUGUUAGUAAUAUCAGUCCAAGCGCAUUUCAAAAUAAACAUGUGAUCAACCCAGUUGUUAAACAGUCAAAGGCAAGAAAAUCUUUCACUGGGAGCCGUAAAAUACCACAUCUUACACCAGAUAAAACUCAACAAAGUAUUCUACCUAUUCUUUCAAACCCACCGAAUUUGAAAAGUGAAAAGAUAAGUUCUGCUAAGCAAGAAACAAUAAUGCAAGCUUUUCCAAUGGAAGUAAAUUCUUGCAUUGGCAAUAAAAAGAAUCCUUUUCAAACAGCAUCCAGGGAGACUGUGUGUGAACUAGAUUUACAAAUUAAACACAGAUUGCUUACUGAAGAAACAUCUAAUUCCAUUAGCAGUGCAGUUGAAAGUUUUAGUAAGCCAAAUAAGCAUCUAUUUUCAGAUGAUUCUUAUUUUUCUAAUAAAAGUAUUCAAUCAACUCUUACGUCAAGUGUUUUGAAAAAUAGAGUAUCUACUCAGAAAAGUCCAUUAACUGUUAAAUCAACUAAAGAACAUGUUACAUUGAAGGCAGAAAAGGGAAAUGAUAGUGAAUUCUGUCAAAAUUUUGGAGAUCCAUCAACAAUUGAUAAAGAAAUAAAUAAUAAUGAAAUCAAGAAAACAAAUCAAUCUGAACAAUCCCAGAAUGACCUCAUUCAAAAUGACCUUGCUCUUUCAUAUGAAGAGAGUGACAAAGUAAAGUCGAGUGAGUUCCAAAGCAGCUUCUCUUGUACAAGUGGCUCCAGGUCUGUGAAAAAUCUGGAGGGUUUAUUUCCUGCAAUUGCAAAAAUCAAUGAUUCUUCCAACAAAUGUGAAGAAAAUUAUAUGACUGUAAAGGAUAGCAUGUUUAGUGGGAAUCAAAAUGAUUCCUUAACAAAAGAUUCAUCAAGUAAUGACGAAACGAAUAUUAGUUAUACUAAUGUAAACAAAUUACACAGUGAGCUUCUUAACAAUCCUUUGGUAAAAAAGGCAAAGGCAAGAAAAACAUUUUUAAGAAAGCAAAAUUUUAAUCAUGUUAUAAAUAAUGAAACUCAACAAAAUACAUUCUCCCAAUCUUUCUCUGAUAGAUUAAAUUCUGAAAAGGAUCUAUCUCCUUGUAAAGAAAAUUUGGAAAUGGAUGCUUCUUCACUUUAUGCAUGUGGUUCUCAUAGAGAAAUGCAUUCAGCAGAAUCAAGUUUGUAUAAAGAAAAUAAAUCUGACACUGAAAAACCAUUUCAAAUUAUGUUUAAGAUUGAUAAAAAUAUUGUUGAUUUAAAUUCAGUCACAUAUGAUCCUUCCUUAGGAAACUCGGUGUCUUUAAAUAAAGAUAUCCAUUUGCUUUUUAAAUCAGAAGUAAAUGCACCUGAGAAUAAAGAUUUUGCUGAAAAUAACUCUUUUCAGUUUUCAUUGGUAAAAGAUGACCUUAAUGAAAAACGUAAUGAUGUUUUGAAGGAUGAUUCGACCCAGUUACACGAAAAAGAGUUUUCAAAAGUUUCAUUUUCAGCUGAAGAAAGUUGUAAUGCUGAAAAAAUUAGUAAUCCUUCUGAUAAGAAUGUUCAUGAUUGUAGUCCUGAUUUUUUGAAAGAAAAGAAUGAUUGCAUUGAACAAAGUGGCAGGCAGAUGAAGAAUUAUGGGGAAUCUGAAAAGGACUUUGCGAGGAUUUUGGAAAAAGUAGAAAACAUUAGGAAUUUAGUUGAUAUACCUGCAACAACUUCACAGACAUGCAAUGAAAAUCACAAUUCAGUUCAUGCUAAUCCUAUUUUUGAAAAUCAGUCACAACAAAUAAAUUCUAACAUAUCUAAUAAUUCUUCAUUUGUUGAUCCAUCAGCAAAUAGCAGUGUCAAAAGAACCAACGGAAUUUUUACUUUAUUCCAAAAUAGUAUUUUGAAUCCAUUUGUUGAACAAACAAAAGCUAAGGAAAAAAUUACAAUGAAAUCAAAGUCUGCUUUGUCUCUUGAAGACAAAAUUCAGAAUGUAUCUUGUAAUCUUUCUUCUGAAAUCCUCAAUAUGAAAACAAGAACUGCAACUUCUGAUAAAGAAAUUGCACAUAGUGAUAGUUUAGUACUCAAACAAAAUUCUGAAACCAGCAAAGGAGAAGUACAAAAAAAUUCUGUUCAAAAAGAUAUUGAUUCUAUGUCAGGAACAAAAGUGGCAUCUAAAAAUAGUUUUAUUCCUGAAAUUCCAUUACAAAUAGAUCACAAAUCUUCAGAAGAUGUUGUAUUAACACAUGAAGAAGUAACCAAUGACAGUAUUCAGAAAUCACCCCAAGAAAUUGAUCUUCUUAAAAAUGAUCUUGCUUUAUCAGAUGAUGAAAUUGAAGACUCAUGUGAAUUUGAAGGGGAAAAAAGCACAGAAGAUAUAGACUUGGCAACCUAUAUUUUUAAAAACUCCAAUUUGGUGUCCAAAUCUAAAAAAUUGCUUUGCAAUAAUUUAAAAACAACUGAUAAUUCCUCUAAUUUAUUAAAACUAGAAUGUGCUUACCAAAAUAAAGACCUGUCCUCAACAUCUAUUUUUCAUAAUUUUAAUCAAACUGCAUUUGAAUUAAAUAAUAAUAUCGUUAAAUUUGAAGAUUCUUCUUCUAAUUUAUCUGAGAGAUCUAUCUCUUCUUUUGAUAAAGAAUCUAUUAAAUGCCGAUUAAAUGUGCCAAAUUUAAUUGCAACAAAUACUGAAAUGAAUCCUGGGAAUUUAAAUGAAGAAUCAGUUGAAUUGCUUGUAAAAGACAAAUUUCUUGAAUCUACAGCAAAGAGAAAAAGGACAGGGAAUUCUGAUCUUGAUGAUUUUGCUAAGAAUCCUAGAAAAAAAUCUUUUAAUGAUUUAAGUUCUGAUGGAAAUUCAGAAUCAAAUGAAAGAAUUAAUUUUGUUUUGCCUGAACCUUCUGUUCCAGUAAGCUCAAAAAAUUAUAUAUCUGUAUCUAAGGAAAGGCUUUCAUCUACAGUUUGCAAUAUUAAUUUGCCUGUUAAAAGUUCAUUGAAAAGGAAAUUAAAACCUCUAGAUGACUUGGCAGCAUGUGUAGCUCCCACAAGAGUAAGAGGAAGAACAUCAGAAUUUCGAGCUUUCUUUAAAAAAUCUGUAAAUGAAUUCAACAAAAAUAAAGAUAAUGGAAAUAAAAGUUCUAAUUCUGAUGAAUUGCAAAAUAAUUCACUUAAAAAUUUUGAUCUGGAUAAAAAUGUAGAAAAUUAUAUCAGUACAAAAAAGCCCAAAAUCCGAAAAGAACACCAAACGGUGGAAAUCUCAAAUAAAAUGCUUAGCUCUCACAAUACAGGAACUCAUUUGAAUUUAAAAGAAGCAAAUUUUGAAGAUUCAACACAGUUUUUACAGCAAGGUUCGAAAAUAUUGCUGAAAGAACAGGUAUCAUCAAACUUCCCAAAACAAUGUCCAUUAUUUACUACAUCUAAAUCACAUUUAGAAGUUCAUUCUUCUACAGAAAACAGAACUGAAAUGCUGAACAAAAAAUUGAGUGCUAAAAAAGAUGACAUGAUAAUUGAAAAUAAUAAAAACACUGAUGUUUUACCUAGUAAAACAAAAUUGAAAAAAGCUGUGAACUUAACUUCUUUUAUGGAUAGAAAAGAUUCGAAUGAUCAGUCUCUUGUGAAACCACCACAAGAUUCAGAUGAUGAUAACUUGGUAGAUAAUGAUUAUGAGAAUAUGCUUAAUAUUGAUAAUAAUAUUAAAUAUCUACCUAGUAAAAAUAAUAGUUUGAAAAUCAAAAAAACGCCUUUGAAUUCUAACACAGAAAAUGUUAUGAAAAAACAAAAGUGUAGUGAAACUUUUGAAAGUACAAUAGUUACUUCUUCAAGUAGCAAAAAUAUUUCUUUAUUAAAUAAAAACUCUGUUAAUGAUAGUUUACUAAGCAGAGCAAUGGAAUGUGAUGAAAAUUUUGAAAGUGAUUCUGAUCGAGAAUUAGUUAUUGAUGAAUGUGUGAAAGAAAAAGAUACAAAAUUUGAAUGUCCGGAACUUUGUUCUUCUUCAGUUGACCUACCACCAGAUUUAAGUAGCCGAAAAUCAACAGUAAAUGGUAGUGAGAAUAUGCUCAAUAUUGAUAAAGUCAAAUUUGGGCAAACUGAAAAUAAAUGUCUCGCAUCCAAGAAAAUGCCUUUGGAUUUAGAAAUAGAAUCUCUGACAAAACAAAAUUGUGGUGGAAAUCCUGAGAGUACAAAUGCUUUUGAGAAUACAAUAAUUAUUUCUUCAAGUAACAAACAUAUUUCUUUAUUAAAUGAAAAUUUCUCUGUUAAUAAUAGUUCAUUAAGCAAAACAAUGGAAUGUGAUGGGAAUUUUGAAAGUGAUUCUGAUCGAGAAUUAAUUAUUGAUGAAUCCAUAAAACAAAAAGAUCCAGAAUUUGAAAGUCCAAAACUUUGUUCCUCAAUUGACCUACCACCAGAUUUAAGUAGCCAAAACUCAACAGUAAAUAAUAAUGAGAAUAUACACAAUAUAGAUAAAUCUAAGUUCGCACAUAUUGAAGACAAAUACCUCAUAUCUAAAGAAAUACCUUCGCAUUUUGAAAUAGAAUGUCCGACAAAAAAACAAAAUUAUGAUAGAAAUUUUGAAAUUGUUGAUACUAAUUCUUCAACUAAUAAAGAUAUUUCUGCACUAGAUGAAAAUUUAUUGAUUAACGAUGAUCCAUUAACUAAAACAAUAAAAGGUUGUCAUUUUGAAAAUGAUUCUGAUAAAAAAUUUGCUGUUGAUAAAGAUGAUAAUGGAAAACCUAAAACAUAUGAUAAUCUUGUUGAUGAACAUUUGCAAAGUACUUCUGGAAAAUCUUUAAGCGUCGAAUCCAAAGAUCCAGAUUUGCUUGAAGAAAGUUAUAAUUUUGUUAAUGAUUCAUACAAAGUUCAUUUUCAAAAUAUGCCCACUGAUAAUAAUGAAACAAAUGUAAGUAAACUGCUAUUGCCCGCUAAGAGGUAUAAAGAAUCUGCAGAAACUUUAUCAUGUAAUAAAUCUGAAAGCCCACCUUUAGAUAAAAUACCUUCUGAGAAUAUUUUUUCAAAUAUUAGUAUUUCUUCAUUAGAGACAAGCAAUACAGAUGAAAAUACAGACAAGCAAUACAGAUUUUCAGUUUCUACAGCUCCAGCAUCAAAAAUCCUAUCUAGAACAGACCCUCAAGACCUGAACCAGUCUUCUAUUGCUGUAUCUAGAAAAAUAAAAACUGUUACUACAUCAAAUUCUAAAUGUAAAAACAGUUCCACAAGUUGUGAUCCUAAAUUUUCAAGGCAAAAAUUGAAACAUAAUGAAAAGGAAAGAUUUAUAAAGAAAGGAAGUCAGAAAUUUCAGCAUACUAAACUUGUUGAAAGUAUUUUGAAGAACAAAAACUGUAAAAGUAUUAAAGAUGAGGAUGAUCUUCCAUUUUCACUAGGUAUUGAAGAAAUUCUUGAUGGUAUCAAACUUGUACAAAUGAAUAGUGUAGCCUUCAAAAGUUAUGUUGAUUCACUAGUCAAUUUUUUAACAAUUCCUCAAAAUGCUCCUGAUACUGCUACACUAAUUUUUCUUGUUGUGCAUUAUUUACACCUGAGAAAAGCAAAUCCUUUGCAGAAAUUUCUUUACAAUCAGGAAGCAUUUCCUUUCAUGCUGUCGUCUGAAAAAUGUAUUGUUACAGCACUGAUUCAAAUAGAAAAAAUGACUAAACCACAUCUUCAGGGAUUACUGAAAUCUCUUUUGUCUGUUCUGUAUCAUUUAAUUCUUGAAAAAAGAAAACUAAAUAUUUAUGGCAUAUCAUCUUUGUGCAGAGUUUUUACCGAGUUAUGCAAACAUAUUGGAGAUAAGCAAAAUCCUCUGUCUUUGUGUUGCGACUUAUUGAAACAAAAACACUGGAAUUCACCAUUCCUCAUUGCAUCCAUUGCUGGAGUUUGGAAAGAACUUUUUGAGAUUCCUGAUAAUUUUUCUGAUGAGCAAAUAACUUUGCUUAGCUCCAUCAUGUAUGGGGCCCAGACAAGAAUUAAAAAAACUAGAAAAUCCAAUUGGGAGUGCAGUUUUAAGUUAAUAGAAGAGUGUAUUGCUGUUCCAAGCAUACCAAAUGCAAAGCAAGCUAUUGAAUUAUUAAAGGAGCAAAUAGUUUCAAAAUCUUUACAAAACUCAUUUGAGAAUAUUCAAUACUUGACAUCAUCCUUAGUUAUUUUAGCUUCUCGUGAACCUUGGAAUUGGACACAACAGUCUUUGUUAAAUGAUUAUAUUGUGACAAAUUUAAAGCGAUUUUCUAGUCAAGACUUAAAUGAACAAGCCUUUGACUUGUUUUGUAAUCUCUAUGUUGAUGUAUAUUUCUUAGCCCCAACAAAAUAUGCUGAUGAAAUUUUAAUAAAGUAUGUUGAGCAUAAAGUAGUGUCUAAAGAGAAAAGCUUUGUUCAGGAUUGUUCUGCAGCUGCUUUAAUGAAGUAUUUAAUACUUGCCAGAAGGGAGAUACCAGUAUCUUUAACAGUCUUUUUUGAAAAAACAAACAGUCCCAAAAUAGGAAUGUUUGAAGAUAUUGUGAGAAGAAGAAGAAUACAUACUUCUGCAGAGAAGUUGUCUAUAAAAGAUAUUAUGAUUUUUGUAUAGUGAUUCUCAUUCAAAUAUGUGUUCAUAUCUGUGUAUAUAAAAUUAAUUUAUUUUGAUGUUUUAAUAAUUUA